AUGCGGUUCGAUAUUUCGCGAGCUCCGGUUCCUUCGCUGUCCAGCGCAAUGGCCGCCUUUCAUCCGAACCCGUUCCAAAUCCUCGGUACGACGACGUCGCCGCAGCCGAGCCAAAGAUCGAGUUCAUCGACGACGACCGAUUUCUCGAUGCACUCGAUUCUCAACCAACACGGUGGGAAUAGUCCUAACGCGGCUCAGCUCUCGGUCCCCCCGGGACUCUUACCCAGUCAUCUGCUGGGCUCGCCGUUAGGGUCCACGGCUCCUACGGUGGAGGAUGACGGGAUAUGCGACGAUCCAAAAGUGGCCCUCGAGUCGAAAGAUCUCUGGGACAAAUUCCACGAACUCGGCACCGAGAUGGUCAUCACGAAGUCGGGCAGGCGGAUGUUCCCAGCAUUUAAAGUUCGAGUGUCCGGCCUCGACAAGCGAGCGAAGUAUAUCCUCCUGAUGGACAUCGUAGCCGCCGACGAUUGCAGAUACAAAUUCCACAAUUCUCGGUGGAUGAUCGCAGGGAAGGCCGACCCUGAAAUGCCCAAACGAAUGUACAUCCAUCCAGAUUCGCCGGCCACUGGAGAACAAUGGAUGCAGAAAGUGGUCUCCUUCCACAAACUCAAGCUGACCAACAACAUCUCGGACAAGCAUGGAUUUAUCUCCUUUCAGACAAUUCUGAACUCAAUGCACAAGUACCAGCCGCGAUUUCAUCUGGUUCGGGCGAACGACAUCUCGAAACUCCCCUACGCUAACUUCAAGACCUUCGUAUUCCGGGAGACCGAGUUCAUAGCGGUGACCGCCUACCAAAACGAGAAGAUUACCCAGCUCAAAAUCGACAACAACCCAUUCGCUAAAGGCUUCCGCGAUACCGGCGCUGGCAAACGAGAGAAAAAAAGGCAGGCGCUCUUGGCUCAGACCGCUCACGGUCACCGGAUUCUCACUGAUCGGGAUCGGUUGGCCGCUCAAAACGCUUCGGGCAACGUUUCGGCGUGCGCGGAUUCUUCAGACGACGAGGACCGCUUGGACGUUGGAGAACCGUCGGACCUUCGGCCGGCGUCGUUAACUUCAACGAACGCCGAAUCGGCGACCAGUUCCAGUCCAGUUGUAGCGACCCCACCUUCAUACCUCGCUGGAAGUCUGCCGGGUCUUCCCGGUGUACCCGGUCUGGGCAACCCUUACGCAGCUCUGCUACAAAGUCUUCCACCUCAGCAGUUGUCCCUAGUGAUGGCCUACCAAGAGAUGACGGCGCGGCUGAUGCUCGCCAAGCAACGCUUACCGUUCCCAGGCCAAGCGUGGCCGAACGUAGGGAAUUUGCUGGCGCAGCCCGGUCAAGAUCCGUUCGCCACUGCUGCGGCGGCCGCAGCACUGAUGUUUUCCCCUUUCAUGCAACAGCAACAACAACAACAACAGCCGCCGCAGCAGCAGGCGAAUCUCAACGGAAGCGCCGGACUCCUGAACCAGAACGGCGCGAGUUCGCCGCCGAGCUCUUCCCGAUGCGAGUUGAGCAACAUGGAGGCGCUCGUGGACAGUUUGCAGCAGCAGCAGCAGCAAUCCGCGGGAGCUUUGAAGAGAAAACGCGAAAGCUCGACAGAGUCCGACAACCGACGGCAUUCCCCCAACGCGCUAUCGUCAGCUGGCGCCGAGAGGUCCGAAGACGAUGACCAUGGAGACCAUGACGAUUCCAACAGCAGCAGUAAAGUUCCUAAAAAUCACGCUUUCCAAACCGCAACCUCGCGUUCGGUUCUCCAGGAAGCGCACAAUUCGGCAAACUCGGAAAGCGAUUUGGACGAUAAUACCGAUAGCGGUCGUGACGACGAAUAG